AAAUCCUCAACUUAUAAUAUUUGGAAAUUCUGAGGCACUUGUGUUUUCCAGAACAUACUAAACUUUGAAGACACUUAACAUCUACAAUCUUAGAAAUGUCAACAGUUUGUUAAUCAACCAAAUACUUAAUUACUUUUCCAUAUAUGCUACUUUGCUAUUUUUCUCAUCUGAGUUAGAUCUUUCUAUUUUCUUGCAUCAUCAGUAUGGUUCGAUACUUUGAUUUAUGGAAUUUGUUAUAGGCUGCUUUUAGCAUGUAAAGAAUUUUAUCAGCUGUGGUUAUGUUUACAGUUCAGCAAACUUUAUAAUGAUUUUUUGAAAUAUCCCCAUCCUCUUAUUUAAGUCAUGUCUGUUUCAAAAGACAUGGAAAACUUAUUUAAGUCAUGUCUGUUUCUAAAGACAUGGAAAAUGUAUCAGUAUUUUGGACAUUCUAUCAAAAGAGCAGAAUUCUAUAAGAUAACAAGAUAGAUUGCUGGAAAUCUAGAUUAUAUAACUGGUCUCUGUGGCAAAUAAAUUCGUUAUCACAUUGAAUUGAAAUAUAGGAUGUAUAUGCAAUGUUUGUAACGUGACACAUUUCUUCUGUUUCAUUACUCUAUGAUUCAAGUUAUCUAAUAUACUAGGGGUUUUAUUUUACAACAGCUUGUGGUAUCAGCUUAUGCAAGACCUCUGAUAGCAUGCCUUGCCAGGUUGUUGUUCUGGAUGAAGUCACAAAUGAAAGCUGCUCUUGCCUGUGUUAUUAGCUUCAUUUGGAUUCAAUAUAGUCUGUGUGAUGUACUUCCUGAUUCAUCAAGUGGAAACAAGUGGACAUGUACUUGUUUUUCUGCCUAUGGAGGAAACCAGAGUGCUGCUCAUAUACCAAGCUGUGCUUCAUCAUGCAAUUGCAGUUACGCCACAAAAAGAUCAGAAGGAUAUAAAUGGGUAUGCCUAUGCACUUGGGAUGAAUUACCUAGAAUGUCCACAGAUGCUGAUCAUGGCACUGAAUGCUUCACGUCCUGCAAUUGCAAGUCAGGAUCUACUGGUGGGGCAGUUCCCACGGAAAAACGAGAGUCCAGCAAAUUUCUUGUGCUUAUUCUCUUGUUUUCUGUUGUUGUGACGGCCCUCGUCUUUGUUGGUUUAUUUGUAUGUUACGUCUAUCACAGAGACAAAUAUCCUUUUUCACAACAUCUAUCCUUAUCCGACAAAGGAACAAGUUACAACAGUGCAUCCCACCUAAUAAGCCAUAAUGCAACUUCACUGCCAGAAUUUAAAGUCUACAUAAGCUCACCUGCCACUCGUAAUACCGGAUGCUUUCAGAAGACUUCACUCUUGUUCAGGAACAGAACAGAAGUAAUAUACGGAACACUUGUACGAUUUUCAUACUCUGAGUUGGAAAAAGCAACAAACAAAUUCUCCAGCUCUAAUUUGAUAGGAAUCGGGGGGAGCAGCCACGUGUAUCUGGGCCACCUCAAAGAUGGUACUGAAUUUGCAAUUAAACGAAUGAAAGCCGAGCGAGAGAUAGGCGUUGAGAAUGAUUUUAUGACGGAGAUUGAACUUAUCUCGCGACUUCAUCACCGCCAUGUAGUACAUUUGCUUGGCUUCUGCUUAGAAAACCAAGGAAAACAUAUGGAGAGGCUACUGAUAUUUGAGUACAUGCUGAAAGGUAAUCUAAGAGAACGCCUGGAUGAGGCUACAGAAGAGUUCCUUGACUGGAGAACCAGGGUUUGUAUUGCACUUGGAGCUGCGAAAGGUUUAGAGUAUCUCCAUGAAGCAGCUGCCCCGAGAAUUAUGCACAGAGAUGUCAAAUCUACUAACAUCUUACUGGACGAGAAAUGGAGAGCUAAGAUUAGCGACUUAGGUAUGGCUAAGCGCUUGAGAAAUGAUGGCCUAUCAAGCCCUUCAAGUUCUCCAGCUAGAAUGCAGGGGACUUUUGGCUAUUUUGCACCUGAGUAUGCUAUGGCUGGAAGAGGUUCUCUGAAGUCAGAUGUUUUUAGUUUUGGAGUAGUUCUUCUCGAAUUAAUCACUGGCCGGCAGCCUAUUCAAAAGUCAGCUGGAAAGGAAGAAAGUCUUGUCAUUUGGGCUACUUUGCGGUUGCUAGAUAGAGAGAGAGUACUUUUGGAGUUUCCGGACCCAAAACUACAAGGGAAUUACCCAGCGGAAGAGAUACAGAUAAUGGCAUAUUUAGCAAAAGAAUGCCUGUUAUUGGACCCUGAUUCUCGACCAAGCAUGAGUGAAGUUGUUCAAAUCCUAUCAAGUAUUGUCUCCGGAAAAAGUGGUGGGAGAAACUUUUCUUUUAAUCAUAUUCAACCACAGAGCUCAUCAACUCCUGCUAUAGAGAAUGAACCUGACAUCGAGAUGCCUGUCAAACAGACUCAAAUUUCUACCGAGGCUGAGGAGCUCAGGCGUUUCACAUCCGAUCAAUCUCCACCUCCUCGAUGCUCCCUCCCCUCGGAGAAAAAUGUGAAGAAACACCUCCUCCAUACAAGCACAAGAAAUAUCUCUUCUGAAGCUGAAGAAGCAGUGGACAUAGUUGAACCUCAGUUUGAAUCCUUCAGUGUUGCACAUUCGAGUGAAACUUUAGAGUUACAUGUAUCUAGUAGGCAAAAACAACUGCUUCGGACACAGUAAACAAGUUCAGUACAGAAGAAUUGAGACAAAGUACUAUAUUUCAGUUCAUAAUCAGAUUAACAAAUUAUGUAUUUACUUGUUUAACUAAAAACAUUAGCUUAACAAUGUUGUAAUUUUUUUGA